GCUUCCAUUUGCGGUGCCGAUGUGUGCGUGUGCAUUUCAUGUGUGUGCGCACUGGUUGUACUCUUCUCGACAAUAGUCAGUGUGCUGUGCUGUCUUCUUCUAUUUCCUUCGUAUUGUUCGCGUCACCGCCGCGAAAGCAAAAUGCAAAUGUCGCUGCCGAGUUACAAGAGAAACUCGAUUCACACACAAGACUCACCACACAAAAUAGAAAACAGCUUCGAAAAUUCUUUUAAUUUGUUCUCUUUUAUUUUGUAAUUUAUUAUUUAAAGCAGACAGUGUGAGAAAAUGAGAAAAAUCCAAUAAAUUAAGUACGGUAAUGUUUGUGAACAGUGCGCGUUACGAUAAAAUUUUGUGAAGCGAAUGAAGCAGCAGUAGCAGCAAGUAAAAAAAAAAACGAAGAGUGAAACGAAAAAUAGAUUUUGUGUGAACACACCAAAUGGAUGGUUCGGAAUUUUGAAACGACAAAUAAAUUUUUUUCUACAACUCGCUGCAAAAGAAACAAAGUGUUUGCGUGUGAUCGAAAGGAAAAAUGAUAAAAAAAAAUUCUUAAAAAGAUGAAUUUACCGUCAGUGAAAAAGAAAUUGCAUCGAAUAUGAAGUGACCAAACCAAUUCAUGGAAAUCCGAAAUUUGAAUCAAAUUUUUGGGUGUUGGCAUACGAAUUUUUUUGUGAAUUCUAAGCAGCACGAUAACCAUCGAAUCAUGUGCUUGAUGUUAUAAAAUUGAAGAGAAUGAAGGAAAAAAAAUUGUUGAAAUAAAAAAGAAUUAGUGAGGCAAAAGUGUGUGUUUUCAAAACGAAACGCAUGAGAGAAAGAGAGAAAAUAGAUGGAGAAAUGUCAGUUGUGUAAUCAAAGUAAAUGAAAAAUUGUGCGGCUGGUAACGAAUCCAAAUGAGACUUGGAAAGACAAUACCGUAGGACAAAAAAGCGGAAAAUUUCAAAUCGAAAAAAGAAAGAAAUCAAAAAUAAAUUUGUUCGAAUAAAAUAAAAUAAAAAUUGACGUGAAAAUCGAUGUGGACGAUUUCAUUUAGAUUGAUUUCGGUGAGACGUGUUUCGUGAGACAUACGCGCGCGCUUCGGAUGGUGCGUGUCGUGUGUGUGUGUGUUUUGUUUGUUAUAUAUUUAUGUGUUUAUAUGCAUCAAACGAAUGUGCUUGUGUACAAAAGAAGAAAACCGAAAACAACAACCACCACGAAGAAUUGAACAGGCUCGCAUACAUGAGCAACGCCGAAUAGAACGGUUAAUAGUGUGUUUUUUUUUCGUGUUGUUGAGAACUAAAAUAUGGCGCAACAACAAAAUGACAGCCUAAAUCAAAUGCCGACUAGUGAAAAUAGCUAUAUGAACGAUGUAACGGGCAAGAAUUUCCCACAAAACGGUAAUAAUUUGGAUGUAACAAAAAAUGUGUCAAAUAUGAAUGAACCACAGAAAGGCAAACCAUCUGGGCCGAAUGGGAAUAGUGCAGCAGCUGGUCCAGUUGGAAUGCCCCCAACGCAUAAUGAUGCGAGCGGCAUGCACUUAGGUCCAUACGGACAUCCAAUGCAACAUCAUCAUAUGCCACCCGAAAUUGAUCAGCAGCAGCAACCAAUUGAGCAUAUGUAUAAUCCACAAGCGCCACCAUACGGUCGCUACCACGAUCCAAAUAUGCCCCCAAUGGAUAUGUACGGAAGACAAUACCAUCCUGGCGGGCUUGAAAUGAAAAUGCCACCAAAUCGACCACCACCACAAAGAUAUCCGCAACAGCAGCCACAAACAUCGGCUUCGAAUCAGCAGCAGCAACAAUCUUAUUCGGCUCACCCAACUCAUGCACCACAUACGGGUGAGCAAGCAGCACAAGAACAAACACAGCAGCCACCAAACCCGAUUGGACAAACGCCGACACUAAACUCCCUAUUGCAAUCGCAUCAGACGGGUGGCCCACCGCAGCCACACCAUCAUCGAUACCCAAACAGCUACGAACAACAAACGAGUCAGCAGCCAGCCUAUGGUGCCCAAACAUGGAAUCCAUCGGCUGCUCCUCAACAGCGUCCUUACAGUCCUCAAAUGGGCCAACAAGCUUACCGACCACCACCUCCAAAUGCGAAUGCGGCACGAAUUCACCCAUCAAUGAGUUCAUAUCCACCACCGCCUCCGCAACAGAAUCAAUCUGGCCAGUUGGGACCAGCAGGUGCAAUGCAAUAUUCACCCUAUCCACAACGGUAUCCGACACCCCCAGGCAGCGUAGCCACCGGAACGAAUCAUCGGCCCGCUUAUCCGGCAUCACAUCAGUAUCCGACAGAUCAAUCGAGACCUUGGCCACCGCCGACGGGGCCAACGGCUCAAACGACACACGGACAUGCACCUCAUCAACAUCCACCUUCACCACAGCAUCAUGUAACCGCUCAAAGUCCAGUGCAUGCUCCAAGUCCUUCGCCUCAACCACCACAACCAUCUAAUUCGCCGCAUCAGGAAAUUUGCCAGAACAGCAAUGACAGUAAUGCACCUGGGGCAACGACAAAUACACCAAAUUCAAUGACGAUGCGACCAACGCCGUCACCAACUGGAAGCUCAGGAUCGAGGUCAAUGUCACCAGCCGUACCUCCACAAAAUCACCGACCACCUUAUCAACAACAUCCAGGUGAACAACAACAACAGCAGCAACAACAACAACAACAGCAACCCAUCGAUCCGGCUGCACAGCAACAACGAUCUCCGAUGAUACCGAAUACACAAUCGGCCAGCGAUUUCUACGAGAAAAGAAAUCUGCAAGGAAAUUAUCCAACACCUCCUUCACCGCAUAAGUAUCCGCCACCACCACAAGCAACCGGUCCGAAUGCGAUGCCACCUCAAGGAAUGCCACCAUAUGGAAGUCAAUCGCAGCAGUUUCCACAAGGCAACUAUCCUGCACGACCACAAUAUCCCUCAAAUUAUGUACAAGUUAAUGGUCCAGCUAACGCACCUCAUGUUCCAAAUCAAAAUCAAUACGGCAGACCCAUGCCUAAUCAAACACAAUUCCCACAAGGAAACUAUCCGACGCCUCCAUCUCCUCAUAUGCAUGGUGCUUACAAAGGUGGUGCAGUGAACGGACCUGCGCCAAAUGCAGCACCAGGUGGCUCACCACGUCCAUUGAACCAUUUGAAGCAACAUUUGCUACACAAAAGUGGAUACGGUAAUCAAAGCCCAACAUCGCCGCAAAGCUUUGGUAAUGGGCCGGGAAUGCAUCAGCCAAUGGGUCCCCCACAAAUGCAAGCGCCGACACGAAUGCAGGCACCUGGAAGUAUGGGACCACCAUUUUCACCGCAUCAUAAUUCACAAGCAGGAAAUACUCAUCAAGGCGGUAUGAUCCCGCUUCCCGAAUCACAAGAUAAUGGCAUUUCGUCCGGUUCAUCGGCAUCAUCUCAGCAUCCUGUAACGUCUAUCAUUACAACUGGACCGGAUGGAACAACGAUCGAUGAGGCUAGUCAACAGAGUACUAUUUCCAAUGUCUCAGCAGCAUCAGAUCCAUCAGAUCCGCAAUGCUCGACACCAAAACGAAAAUCGGAAUACAAUCAAAGCCAUUUGGCGUCAGCCGGCAGUACGCCAACCAUGCACGAUGAUUUCGAAAUGGGAUCGCCAACGUGGCCACGAACACCAGCUAGUCCUGUUUUCAAUAGCCACAGUGAACCAACUCCGCAUCGAUCAUCAUCGUCAAAGCAAAAAUCGGACAGUCUGUGUAAAUUAUAUGAAAUGGAUGAUAAUCCAGAGCGACGACCCUUCUUAGAUAAAUUGCUUAGUUUUAUGGAAGAGAGACGAACACCGAUCACAGCUUGUCCAACGAUAUCGAAGCAACCAUUAGAUUUGUAUCGUUUAUAUAUAUUAGUUAAAGAGCGCGGCGGCUUUCUUGAUGUUUGUAAGGUUACUAAGAGUAAAAUAUGGAAAGACGUUGCCGGCAUGCUUGGCAUUGGUGCUAGUAGUAGUGCAGCGUAUACAUUAAGAAAACAUUACACAAAGAAUUUGCUCCCAUUUGAAUGCAACUACGAUCGAGGUGGCAUCGAUCCAUUGCCGCUUAUUCAGCAAGUUGAAGCUGGUUCGAAGAAGAAAACGCCAAAACCCGCAUCAGCUCCAUCGCCAGACGCAAACCACAAAGGUUCAUCAAAUUCACAAGACUCAUUUCAAGCUCAAAUUCAGUCACCGCCUGGCUCAAGCUCUGCAUCCAUGGAUAGUUUUAACGCAUAUCCACCGCCACCUCAGCAGCAGCAACAACAGCAGCAACCACAGCAACAAGGGCCACAACAACCGAUGACAGGCCCAAGCGUUCCAGUGCCACCAAACGCCUAUCCACCACAGCCGAACGCAGCCGGUGCAGCAGCAACACCUCAGUACCCCGUCGAACAACAGCCGUACGGUCCGACAACUCAACAGCCACCAUUUCAACAAGGUCCGCAGCAAAAUCAAUUUGCAGCGCCAAACCGAUAUCCACCAUACGGCGAAGCACCCGAUGCCCGAUACAAUCAGCAUCAGCCGCAUCAACCACAUCAACCGCAUCAGCCAAACCAGCCACACCAGCCGCAUCAACCGGUACCACCACCAACAGCCCAACAAAGUGGCGCUCAAGCUCCGCCUGCUUCGCAAACUCCAUCUGGACCAUUGCCUAAUGCACCACCUUCACAGUAUCCACAAGGUCCUCCGCCACAACAGUUUGACUAUCGUCAACAAGAGCCACCGCAAUCAAGACGUCAUCCAGAUUUUACAAAAGAAUCUCAGUAUCCGCCAGCACCAGCUCCAUAUAAUCAACGGCCUCAGCUUUAUUCAAAUUGGCAAGGCAAUGCCAGUCCAUCACAUUUUAAUCGUCAAUUUCCUCAGGCACCGCAGCAAUGGGGCAAUCAACGAUUACCAGGACCACCCGUUAUGGGUGCACCCGUUCAAAGUUCACAAUGGGAACAACAUCGUUACCCACCACAAAAUGCACAGCCACCUUAUCCAGGUAAUCAAGUGCAACCUCCCCAAUGGACUGGUAUGAAUCAAUCGCCAAUAGGCAAUGUUCCGAAUGCCAUUCGGCCACCGCCUGGUCGCGGGCAAAUUCCUGGUAAAAAUAUUCCCCUCAACAUGCCACCGCCACAAUCGGCCAAACCGCAAGUCGCACCAUUUCCUAGUGCAUCGCCUGCCAAACGUGAUAUUGUCUUUCCAAGUGAUAGCGUUGAAGCUGUAACACCGUUGCUGUAUCGACGAAAGCGACUAGCGAAAUCGGAUAUCGGGCAAACGGAUAUGUGGCGGAUAUUCAUGUGUCUUCAGUCUGGCCUAUUGUCGGAGAGUACGUGGGCACUAGAUGUGCUGAACAUUUUGUUAUUCGACGACUCAUCGGUUCAAUGGUUUUCGCUGGCAUAUUUACCGGGACUGCUAAAUAUGUUGCUGGAUCAUUUUCAAAAGAGUCUAACCGAUAUGUUUGACAGUAAUAAGUUCAGCGGUCGACCGGCUAAGCCGCAACUAAAUGUCGAGAACAAAAAACGAUUGUCGAUUAAAGGCAAUGAAGAGAGAGCAAAAGAAGAUGGUGAGAAAGCGGAAGUGGAAGAGGAGGAAGAAGAAGAUGGUUUGCUUAAAGAUAGCAAAGACUGUGUUGAUUUAGGACAAGUUACCAAACAACCAAAUCCAAAUGAUCGAUUAGUUGUGCUUCAUUCGACGACCAAUUAUACGAUGUGCUCACGCAAAGGCAUACCGGUUCGGAUAAAGGAAGCCGAUGACGAUAUCUUUGUGCUGGACUCGAAACGCGAUUGGGAUAUUUAUACCGAUGUCGAGCAUCAAAUAUCCAACACCGGUGCAGUGAAUGACAUUUGGUCGUAUGGUCAUACCGAACCCGAUCCAUAUUCGCACAUUAUCGAUCCAUUCGAAGGAGAGUUCGUAAACAUUCCAUUUGCUAGAUACAUUAAAUCAAGUGAUAGAAAACGUAAAGCUACUACGACCGACGGAUCGAAGAGUGAAUCGAAUACGGCUACAAGCGAUGCACCAAAAUCGGCCAAUGGUGAUAGUAAAAAAUCAACUACUGUAAAUAGUCCAAAUCCUAGUGUAAAAGAAGAGAAGGUCGAAGAGAGUAACGAUGAACCGAAAGUGGUUGAAACGACCGAUGCCGACAAAGCGGUAAAAAUCGAAAAGGCAAACGAUGAUAAUGAGCCGGAGCCAAUGGAAACCGAUGCCAGCGAAACAACAACAACAACGAAAAAGAGUGACGAUACUAGUGUGAAAACUAGUGACAGUGAACCAACCAAAAAAGAGCAAUCGCCUGUGAUGGACAGUGAUUGCCGUGAAGUCGACAUGGAACUGGAUCGAAUUUCGAAUGGGCCGCAGAGCAAUGAAGCGACUGCCAAUGCAAAAGAGAGUGAAAGCCAAAAGUCUGAAAAUACGGAGGAGGCACAACCGCCAUUCGAUGUGAAGAAAACGAUACAAGAUCCGGCCGAAACGUUGAAACGGCGCCGCAUCAGUGAUUUCGAAGAUGAAUGCUAUGCACGCGACGAAGCUUCUCUAUACUUAAUAAGCGAGAGUCAAGACACGGUGGCACGACGCUGUAUAUCGAUAUCGAACAUUCUACGAAAUUUGACAUUCGUUCCCGGCAACGAAACCGUGUUUGCAAACUCCGAAACAUUCCUGGCAAUUCUUGGCCGCAUUUUAUUGCUGCAUCACAAGCAUCCGGUGCGAACGCAAACCAUUCGUAACUAUGAUCGCGAGGAUGAUAACGAUUUUUCCGAUUCGUGCAGCAGUUUGCAGGGUGAAAGUGAAUGGUGGUGGGAUUAUUUGGUGCAGUUGCGUGAAAAUAUGAUGGUUGCCGUCGCCAAUAUUGCCGGUCACAUGCAAUUGGCCAACUACGAUGAACUCAUUGCACGACCAUGCCUCGACGGUUUGUUGCACUGGGCCAUUUGUCCAUCGGCCCAUGGACAGGAUCCAUUCCCAUCGAGCGGCCCGAAUUCGGCUUUGUCACCGCAGCGAUUGGCAUUGGAAGCACUCUGCAAGAUUUGUGUAACCGAUGCAAAUGUUGAUUUAGUGAUUGCAACACCACCAUUCUCACGCCUCGAAAACCUAUGCUCCGUACUGACACGGCAUCUCUGCCGAAAUGAAGAUCAAGUGCUGCGCGAAUUUUCCGUCAAUUUGCUCCAUUAUUUGGCAUCGGCCGAAAGUUCAAUGGCACGAACGGUUGCCCUGCAAAGUCCAUGCAUUUCGUAUUUGGUGGCGUUUAUCGAACAAGCCGAACAAACUGCACUGGGAAUUGCAAAUCAACACGGCAUCAAUUAUCUGCGAGAGAAUCCCGAUUCGAUGGGCACAAGUUUAGAUAUGCUUCGCCGAACGGCUGGUACAUUAUUGCAUUUAGCACGGCAUCCAGACAAUCGGCCGCUAUUUUUGCAGCAAGAACAACGGCUACUCGGUCUUGUGAUGAGUCACAUCUUAGAUCAACAGGUUGCGCUAAUCAUAUCGAGAGUAUUAUUUCAAGUGUCACGCGGCGGUGGUUUGUGUGAAUCACCGGUAAAAAAGGUGAAACAACGACCGAUGCCACACAGCAACGGUAAACUAGCUCUAAAUACUGAAUCGUCUAUUCCAGUGUCAUAAUAGCAAGUGAACGGUUUAACCCGAUCAACCAGUCUGUGUUCCUUCAACAAAUAGAAAUGUUUUGAACGUGUAAUAUAGUUGGAAGGAUUUAGCGGCACGCGCCCAUGUAACAUACGGAGAAACGAAGAAACAACAAAAACACAAACCAUCCGAUCCAGAUCGACUUUCUCUCUAUCUCUCUUCAACUCUCUCAUACACACAAACUGUUUGUAGCGCGCUAUAACGAACCAGUAGACAAAAUAUCGUAGAAUGUGUUAUGUUCACAACCAUUUUUAUUCAACCUUUUCUUCGCAUUAAAUCUAUGCAAGCAAACAGAAAAUUGUGCAUAAAUUAUUUGCUAUGUGACCCACUGAACAGAUAGACAAAAAGAAAACCGUUAACAAGUAAGGAGUUAAUAUAAAUUAGUAAAGAGAAAACUGCAUUGCUAAACACAAAUUAUUAAAAGGAAAAAAAAAACAAAAUAUGAUUAUAAAUUGUAGUCUCUAAGCUAAAAUGCUAUUCGGAUUUGUACUUUAAAACAAAAGAAAAAUUUCCCGUUAGAGAUCUGACAAACAAUAAUACAGACAGGCAGACAGACAAAGAAUGUUACAUUGUACGUAUAUAUUUCAAAUGUUUGCAUAUAAACGAAACACUGGUCAACUUGCAAAAACAAAAAACGCAUACGGGCAGACAUGAUGAUAUUUGGCAAGCAAAUCUUGAAAAAACAAGAAGAAAUUGUAAAAUAAACAUAAGAAAUUUUAGUUGUAAGCUAGUGAAAAAGGAGAAAGAAAAAAAGUACGACAUUCGCGAGAUAAAGACACGAUAUGCAUUCAUUUAGAUCGACGACAAUGAUGACAGCGGCAUUGGAAUCAAACACAAAACCCACAAUUCCAUAACUGUAUAUGUGUGGUGACAUGUAUCGUGUGUUCUAACAAACUACGGGAUUUGUGUUGACGACGCCAACCAUUCGACUCAAUCUAACAAAGGAAAUUUUGAAAGUGAAAAAAAUGAAGAAAUGAAUACAUUCAGUGAAGUGAUCGACUCAUAAAUAAAUAACAAUUGUAAAUAGAAAACAUGUAGAGGAUAAAUUUGUAGCGCUAAACUAACAGAAAAAAAAGAGAAACCAACAGCAA